AUGUCUUCAGCGUUGCUCUUCGGUUCCAAACAAUUGUCUUUCAACGUUAAAAACCGUAAACUGUUCACUACCGAUAUAAGGUUUCCGUCAGGACAGCUGCUGCCAGGAAACAAGCAUUCCACCUCAUCAUUAUCAUCAUUCCAGUUAUCAUUACCACCACCAUCAUCGUCGUCGUCGUUGUUGCCAUCAUCAUCUUUUUCCUCUUCGUCAUCCUCAUCUCAAUAUUGUGUGAAGUACGGAUUGAUUGAGGAUGGAGAUGUGAGGAAGGAAAUCUGCGGUGGGCAUCUGAGGGUCAGACACCUGCACUACUCGGAACAUUCCCUAAUCAAGGUGCGCCUGACUGCUGGAUCUGCCCCGACAGAUCUCAAGAGAUACGUUAUCAAAUACGAAGGUAACGUAAUGAUGUAG